AUGAGCAAAAGAAAGAUGGAGCUCAUGUCCGACCCGUUCGUCGACGAGUCCUCCGAGUUACCCGAGCUUCAAGCCCCCGACGAAACCCAGGAACAGGCGCCCGACGCCCAAGAACCACGCAAGAAGAAGAAACGCAGCAAGAAGAAGAAGCGGGGGUCACAGGCCGGUGAGACCGACCGGCCCAGUCUCAUCGCGAUCAUGCGGGACCACUUCCCCAGUUCGUUCACUGAUGAGCAGUUCACGCCAGAUAUGUUCCAUCGCCUCACGACCAUCAGCCCGAGGACAGGGCCCCAUGUGAACCCCAACCGACAGUACCCGCCGGCGCCCAUGCCCUUCAAACACAACGACUUCCUGCACAGCCUGCCGAUCUCCGAGGCCGAUCUCAUCGAGAUGCAGCUGUUCCAGUCGACGUACCGGCUCGCGAUCCGCGACCACGAUCACGCAUCCACCCUCCGGCUGGUCUGGGACUACGACCGGCUCUGGGGCUGCUUCGACCUCGGCGUGUGGAAGGGCGUGAUGCUGAUCGACCCGGGCCCGCGCGACAACACCACCUCGUCGUACCGGUUCGCGUGGCGCGGCAUCUGCGAGCGCGAGCCCGACGUGCUCUUCGACAAGGAGGACUUCGCGUACGGCGAGAUCUCGCUCGGCGGGCCCGGCCCGCUCUACGGCUUCUUCAAGGGGAUGGUCUGCGCCGGGUUCGCGGAUAACCAGUGCGACUUCAAGGCUGAGCGCGAACUCGGUCCCGCCAUGGUCCCCUGGCCCGUCGAGACCUUUGUCGCAGACUGGAAUUAUCUCCGGUACGACAAGGCGCAGCAUGCCGAGUCCGCGCGGCCCAUCCUCCUGGUGCAACCAGGGACCCAGGUCGGCGGGGAGGCGGACGAGGAGCCAGCGUCCAUGGUGGAGGAGGCGGGGGAUCACGGCGCACAGCUCGAGGAGGACCGCGAAGCCACGACCGAAGUGCACCCGUCGUCCCCCGUGCGCCAGUCGCCACCCACGCCGCAAACCUCGCCUCCAGCCGCCAUGUCACCGUCCUUCUCACACCCGACCCCACACCCGUCCGCGCGACUCACCCUCGGCGCCACGACCAGUACCACGCCCACGCGCUCCGGGCGGCGGCACGGGCACGGGCACGGGCACGGACCCGACCACGACCGCUUCCUGGAGCAAGUGUCCGGCAGCUACGAGAUCAGCAGCCCGACGAUGGCGCACAACUGGGCGCGGCGGUCGCAGCGGCUGAAGAUGCGGCUGCUGGUGAGCCGGAGCGACGGGUGCGUGUGGGGGAUGUUCAACAUGGGGGUGUACCGGGGCCUGGUGCUGUUCUGGGACUCGCCGGGGCGGUUCCAGCGCGGGCGGCGGCUGAAGUUCUGCUGGCGCGGGCGGGAGGCGGACGCGCGCGACGUGGCGGAGAAUCUCGGCUUCCUGGUCUUCGCGGAGGAUAUGAGUCUGCAGGGCGUGUUUGGGGAUAUGUAUGGGGAUGUGGCGUUUACGGCGCGGCGGCGCAAUCGGCCGGCGUUCGAGCCGCAGUUCAGUGCGGCGUUCUUUCGGCAGCAGUGGUGGGAGUAUGAUCCUGUGCCGGGUGGGCAGAUGCAAAUGCAGCUGCAGCUGGAGGGACGGCUGGAGGGACGGCUGGAGGCGCAGUCGGAGCAGUCGGAGGGACAGUCACCGGCUGUUUAG